CAAAAAAGUUUGACGCGUGUUCUGAUCAUGAAGCCACACUCCCUCUAUCCCUAUAGAGGGACUGUGAUGGAGCUAUAGUGCCCAGAAAUUCACAAUUCAUAUCUCAUGACACCGAGUGUUCCGAACUAGCUGCUACAUUUACAUCUUUCCUGCAAAAUCAAAAAAUGGCGAACGUAUUUAUGCUAUACCACAGUCCCUGGAGCCAACAACAGUUGAUACUUGUGGUGGAUCAUGCUAUGUUUUUGUGAGAAUGACAUCAAAGCCAGCUGUUGAUGCAUCAAAUCAGGUGGCACCACCAUUAGAUUUCUCUUUCAGAUGCCUAACUCAGAUGUCAGAUGUUUUAGAGGAGGACCCUAGGAUAGGUAGUCGUCCUUUGAAGACAACUGAUGAAGGCAAAGUGAUCAGUUCGGCUUUUAAAUUGAAUAACAAUCGAAUCCAGGACCUUAAUGGUUUUGCUGAUGUUGUUUCUAAUAUUCUUGAUAAACCGGAAGAGUUGUCCUGGAUUGAUUUGUCGUUCAAUGAUAUCUCUAAAAUUGAUUCUAUUUUAGUAAAUCAUUCUCAUUUAAAGAUGUUGUAUCUCCAUGGUAACAACAUCAAUGACCUGGAAGAGGUGGAUAAACUAGCAGAUUUGCCAAAUUUGAUAAGCCUGAGUCUGCACGGUAAUCCGCUAGAAAACGAAAAGGAGUACAGGAGUUACGUGCUGUCCAAGAUGCCUAACUUGAGAACACUAGAUUUCAGUGGCGUCACCAAGUCUGACAGGGACACAGCGGCAACAUGGAACAAGAUGUAUGGUGGCAAACGAAGGAAAGGCAAGAAGAAGAAACAGCAGAAACAAUAACUGUUUAAUAGUGUGCAUUAUAUCACAGUAAUUUGGUUAAGAUUAUGGAUGCUGGUCAAUCUUGUAUUCGUCUCUGAAUGGAAUUGUAACAUAUAUAUUAUUGUGUACAGAGAGUUUUAUGCCUGAUACAUAGGUAGUUCUUCCAGGGUAAGGUAGCAUAACCUACCAUGUCUAUUUUGGUUCAUUGCAAAACUCAAGUUCAUUAUAUUAAAAAUAUGUUUUAAUUUUAACGUUUACGUCAUGUGACAUUCACAUGGUUCAAUGUCAAUCUGAUCAUAAUUUGUAUUGUAUGUGCUCUAUAAUUUUAUCAUAUGUCAGUUAUUUUAUAACCCCCCGUACUUGUAUCUAUUAUCACAGGGCUUCAGACUAUAUACAUGUAUAUAUCUCUUUCAGUGCCAAAAGCAUGCAAAACAAAUCUCAGAUUUUAGUCAGAUUGGACUAAAAUAUUUUAUUUGUAAUAUUUAUAUUUUUUAGUUGAAUAGAAAGCAGAUUUUUUUAUGGGAAGCUGACAUUUGAAACACCAAUUUUGAACCUUCUGUGAUCGUAAUGAUAUCAUGUGAUGUUCUUUCGAGUUAAUACUCUAUCAGUUCUAUUUGAUGAAAACCUGUUGUAAUGUCAGUUAUAGUACUAUCACAUUGCGUUCCCAAUUAUUUUGACUUGCAACAUACCCAGUGAUUCAAUGACAGUGAAAUUUGUUAAGAAAAGUUUUCCUGCUAAAUUCAAUUUAAAUGUAUAUAUGCAAGGCUUUUACCUCAGACAUCCACAGCUUCAAAACUUGAGCACAGAUCAAACUUUUGUGUAUAGCAGAAAUCAGUCAUUAACUACCGGUAUGUAAUCCAUUUAAUUUUAACAAUUUUAUGGCAUUUGUAAAGACAAAUUUUGUCUGAGGUAAAGUGGUUUACAGUAUGCAACUUACACAGAAAUUUACAGGGGAACUUUCAGUAAUACUUAAUCCACUUACCUUUUUAAAGGGUGCCCUCAUCAGUAUGUUUGCAGAAAAAUCUGGUGAAAUUUCACAUCAGUGACUACACUGUUCUAAUGUGAUCGUUGUAUACAUAGAUUGUAUAUAAACUGUUGUAUAUUAGAGAGACAAUAGCUGUGACUGACAAUUUCUUUUUUUUUUUUUUUAAAUAUAACCACAAAGAUGACUAAAUCUCACCAAAAUAUUGUUUUAGACAAUUGCAUGGACAAAAAUGAACCCACAAAAGGGUACCCGGUAUAUCACAAAAAUUGAGUCUGUGCCAUUUUUGAAAUCAGUCGCGUGAUACACAAAAUCAUCACUGUAAACCUGGAUGUACACCAGCGGCCAUCUUUUUACACUUUCAAAUUGACACCGGAAAUGUUUUACUAAUAUGAAAAAAAAAAUUGAUAGUUACAGCUAUUGUACUUUACAAAUUUCAUGCAUAACUGUUCAGUUUAUACAUAAUCAGUUCAUACAUCAUUUUUGUGUAAUGAUCACACAAGACAUCCUGACUGGAUCUAUUUACAAGUACCCUGCAGAUAUCAAUGAUCAAUGUACUUGUAAGCAUGAAACGUGCAUCAAUCAUUUCCGUAUGCAGUUGAAUGUCGAAGCAAUUGUUACUGAAAUUUAAUGAAUAUCAUUGAGAUACAUUUCUGGAAUUGUGUGAUAUACGGAAUAUCAUUGGAAUUAUUUGAGAAAUUGCCAGAAUGACUCCAACACUUUGUGAAUCCAGACACAUUUAAAAGCUUUAACAAAUACAAUUCUCAUGGAGAGCCAAAUGACCAUUUGCAUUUCCAAGGGUGCUUUCAAGUAGACAAGUCACACUGGUUUUCAAAUAGUGAAAACCAAUAGCAUUAUCUAAUUCAUCUAUUUAUAAGCUGUACAACAAAAUAUUGUGAAAAUGUAGAUCUGCAAACAGUUUUCCCAAUUUUAUUACGUUUAUUGCUAUGAAUUACACAAAUUCUCCAAACAAUAGAAAUAUACACGUAAUCCCUUAUCUUAUUAAUUCUUGCUAUUUGAUAGAAAAUACAUAUUGUACAUGCAGUGAUGUACCCUUGAUACAAACUUUACAUCUAAGAAUGAAUCAAACAGUCCAAAUUUAGUGCUUUAAAUAAAGGCCAACAUCAAAAUGUACAGACCUUUAUAAAAUAACACUAUCACUUCAAUAAAU